ACAUGGCGGACGAAAAGGAUAGUGCAGAGGCCAUUGUGUCGGAUGUCCACAAAAAGAUCACUGAAGCUUUUGAUGUGUUUGACCACGGGUUUAACAAAACAGUUGACGUCCGAGAGAUUGGUACCAUUAUCCGGUCCCUGGGCUGCUUCCCCACAGAGGGAGAGUUACAUGACGUCAUCGCAGAGAUAGAAGAGGAGGAGCCAACAGGAUAUGUCCGCUUUGAGAAGUUUCUCCCUUCCAUGACCAAGGUACUGAUGGAGCGAAGGUUCCGACCCAUUCCAGAGGACCUGCUGCUUCAAGCCUUUGAGGUUCUGGAUCAGCAGAAAAAAGGAUACUUGGAACCAGAGAAACUCACCAAGUACAUGACUCAGGAAGGGGAGCCCUUCACCCAGGAGGAGAUGGACGAGAUGCUGUCCGCAGCUCGAGACCCAGACAAGGACGUGGUCUUCUACAAGGACUUUGUUAGCAUGAUGACCGUGGAUGACAACAGAUAG